AUGCAGCCUUUUGCAAAUAUUUUCCUGGGAUUGUUUCUCCUGGGGCCUGUUGGAGCUGUGCCUCUCACUGACACUGCGAUUUAUGAUUCUGACUUCUAUGACAUGCUGCUUGGAGAGCUGUCUCACCCACUUGACUACGAUGACAACAAGCAGUCUGACCCACUGGAGACAGAGAUUGGGACAGCACUGCCUGCUGUAAUUCAAGAGAGUUAUUCUUCUGCACCCUUGAUAGAAGAACCUGAGGAGGAAGCAUCGACACCAAAAUUAAUUGACGGGUCUUCAGCACAGGGGUCUGGGGUUCUAGGACCCCAAACCCAAGAUGGUCUUCCUACUUGCCUUUUGUGCACCUGCCUGGGGACCACAGUCUACUGUGAUGACCACGAGCUGAAUGCUGUCCCCCCACUGCCUAAGGGAACCUCCUACUUCUACUCCCACUACAACAGAAUCAGGAAGAUCAACAAGAAUGACUUUGCUCACUUAAGCAACUUAAAGAAGAUUGAUUUGACUGCAAACUUUAUAUCAGAGAUCCAUGAGGAUGCCUUCUGGAGACUGCCCCAACUUGAGGAGCUGGUGCUUCGUGACAACAGGAUAAGGCAACUGCCUGAGUUGCCACCAACCUUAAAAUUCAUUGAUGUCAGUAAGAACAGGCUCGGUCGCAAAGGAAUCCCUAAUGAGGCAUUUAAAGAUAUGCAUGAUCUGCAGCAUCUUUACAUUACUGACAAUAACCUGGAUCACAUUCCUUUGCCGCUGCCUGAGAGCCUCCAAGCUCUGCAUCUUCAGAACAACAACAUUCAAGAAAUGCACGAAGACACCUUCUGCAAAGUGAAGGACUUGACUUAUGUACGUAGGGCUCUUGAGGACAUCAGGCUGGAUGGCAACCCCCUCAACCUGAGCAGAACACCCUAUGCAUACCUGUGCCUACCCAGGCUGCCAGUUGGCAACCUCCUCUAA